CUGGGGAUCGCGACAACCGUUACAAGAAGUAAGGAGAUAGCUGGCUACCAUCCUCUGCCUCCUUCUACACACGCUGCAACUUACUCACAGUGUCCUGAUAAGUCACAAUCUUCAUCAAGCACUUUUAUCACCUCAAAAUAUCACAAUGGACGACACGGUCACUACAAAGGAGGCAGCUCAGUCUUCAGAGCUCUUGGAAAUCGCCGACGCGAUUCACAAUGCCGAGCCCCUCUAUGGCGACGAGAUUUACGAAUAUUUUGGUCGACGCGUCAUAAAGCACCAGAAACCAUCAGGGGAGACAGUAGCCAUCAAGAUAAUGGCACCGGACCGUCAGAACCCCAAAGGAAGCAACCGCACCGAGGCCGAGAUGAUGCAUUACGCCGCGACAAAUGGUGUGCUCGCCCCCAAAGUGCACGGCCUAUACGACAUAUACACCGAUGACCCGGACAGGCCAUGUGGGUGCGCCAUGCUCAGCGACCUGGUGCCGGGCGUGCCUCUUUAUGAUGUCUGGGAUGACCUCAGUGACGCUGAGAAGUCCAGCAUGGUGGCGCAGCUAAAGGAGCAGAUGGCUCGCAUCCGUGCCUGCACACAGCCUUAUAUCGGCCGUGUUGACAACAAGCCCACGCGGAACGUGUAUGAUCGCCUCCCUACCACAUACUGCGGGCCGUUUCCCAAUGAAGAGGCCUUUGACAACUGGUGUGUUGAGCGGGUACCCGUGGGCUUCUUCGGGUUGGCGCAUCGGAAAUGGCCGCGGUGGCUGGAGAAGGAGCGGCGCAAAUCGUCGGGGAAAUUCGUGCUGACCCAUGGGGAUCUUUCUCCGCGAAAUAUCAUGGUCAAAGAUGGAAAGAUCACGGGUAUUAUUGACUGGGAGAGGAGCGGCUUCUUCCCAGAGUAUGCCGAGUAUGCCUUUGCCAUGAAGCUCUGCCACAAGUUCCAAACGAAUGAGAAAUGGUGGGUUCCGAUUUUGAAGGAGGUGCUGCAGCCUUGUUCAGAUCAGAGGCUGAAGUUCACUCAGCUGGUUGAAGAUAGAGGAUGGUAGGGUAAUUGGCGGACAACGGGGUCAUGAUGAGGGCAUAUUGGUCUGACCUGUUGGCAUGAUAUUGAUAACAUCGGAGCGCUUGAGCAACAUAUGAGUAGACUUUCAGACCUGCGGGUGGAGGACAUUACAAACUGUCUUGCCAUGGCAAUAGCGGGAUAAGGGAGGGCAGCCUCUAGAGUUAAUAUCUUUAAUAUCCAUCUGAAUCACAUACCACGUCCGCAUUGUA